AUGGCGGCUGAGGCAUUGACACAAGGAGCCUAUAAAGAGUCGGCGUGUAAGAAGAGCCCUGCAGAUGGCCGGCCUGUCCGGUUCAGUUUGGGUGAUCCCAACGACGCCUCCAACAGCUGUGCAGGGGAGUCGAAGCCAGCCCGUGAAUCGGUUCAUUUUGGAAUGCUGGACGCCCCCCCUACAGACCAGGCAAUCCGAAAGGAUUCGAAAACAACUGCACGCAAACCAACCGUCAUCGUGGGGGCUGAUGGCCGCCCACUGCCCAUCCUGAAAGGUAACAGGACAUUCGGCUAUGGCCAAGCGCGCCGCCUUGUGGAGCAGCUUCGAGUUAAGUUUGCAUUCGACAGGAACGAAACUCGCUUCUAUUGCCCUGAUUCAAACGAGCACACGGAGCCACCUCCCGCACCGGCCGAGCUGCGCGACUCUGUCCGGGGCUUCCUGAAGUCCUCAAAGAGAGUAGCGCAGGAGUCUCAGGAAUUGACGCAAGCGGUACAGCAGAAGCUUAAUGAAGCCAAAGAGAUUGAGCAGGAGCUCACAGCCAUGACACAGAAGUACGUGGAAAAACUAGAGCACCAGAAAGCAGCACAGCGAGCCAAACAAACUGUCGUUAUCUCAAGCACGAAGCCCCCUCGCCGCUUCCUCUGCUGCGGCGCCUCCCCCGUAGUGCUGCAAUGA